GCUUUGUAUAAGUGAAGUCUCUUGUUUCCCUAUCAUCACUCUCAUCAUCAACCCAUUACUCGUAUCUUCGUGGAAGGAUCUCUGAUCAUAACACUGCGACGAGUCUCGAGGGUCGAGUAAUUGAUGUCUAAGGUGACGACUAGAGUAGGAACCAGGAAAUUGAAUCAGAAUCAAGCAAUGCCCAAUAACGAGCAGGGCGUCGAUACGACGGCGCCCACUGCGGGCACGUCGAGCGCAACAAGCGCACCAGCUGAACCAAUGAGCGCGCAAGAGAUGAUGCGAAUGAUGACUCAAGCGAUGGUUUCCUCAAUGCAGGAGGUCGUCAAGGAGGCGAUGCGCAAGGGAACCGCUGAGAUCGCUGUAUCAAGCCAUGCGGCCUCCACCACCACGGCAAGCCCCACCACCAGCACUGAACUGUGGAGACAUGGCAUGCAGGUGACACCCUUCGAUGGGACGCUGUUGGAUCUGGAACGUUUUGUCACGGACAUCCGACGCAAGCUUGAGUCAGUGACGGCACCCGAGAAGGACAAGGUCGACUUUGUGCUUGGUCAUCUGGGUGUCGCAGCGAGGCGUUACUGUAGCCAUGUCAAGUUCGAGACUGCGGAAGCUCUGCUGGAGUACAUUAUGAAUGUGUAUGGCGUCAAGAACAGCAAGAAUAACGCACUCAGGGAAAUCAUCCAAGCGGUGGCGGAUCCAAAGAUUUCUGCGAGGCACUUCAAGAAGGUCAUGCUGUUGAAUGUGCCCAAAGCGGAACUUACGGAUGAUUUGGUGAGGCGCUUCAUUGUGCUGCAAGCGGAAGACAAAGGCGUGCGCGAUGUGGCGAAGGAGCUGUGCAAGGACACCACCGAGAUGACGUGGAUUGAUGCAUUGAACGAGUUGGUCGAAAGCAUGCCGAGCAAGGCGGACAAGCACACCGUGCUGCUUCGCCUGCCAAAGUUCAUGAAGCAUCAUCCUCGCUUCCAUGUUUCACGGGUCAAGGCCGUGGGGGCGGAUGGCAUACCUGGCCGGCCAGUGUCCGAGCCUCGUCCCAUUCACAUGAAAGGCGAAAAGUAUUAUCAAGCGGAAAAGAUUGUUGAUUCUUUUAUUGACAAAGGAACGCUCUGGUACAAGGUCAAGUGGACAGGCGUGGAGGAACCGACUGUUGAGCCGUGGGAGGUGUUUGGAGAACACCAUCGAAUGACGGAGGCAUUUCAUAAGGCUAACCCGAACAAGCCUACUCGGGAAAGUGCCAAACGCAAGAAGCGCUAGUGCUUUGGGAAUGUCUCGAAAGGGGGGGAAAGAAAGGCGGAGUGUUAUGGAUUGAUGUGUAUCUGUAUUUGGAGUGUGUUCACUCGUCGCUUUGUA